AUGGGGGAGCAACUGAGGAAAUGCAAGAGUGAGAAAGUUAUGGAAGGAGGAGCCGAGAAUAAAGCUAUGGCGGAGGUUAACAAUGAAAGCGACUUCGUGAAAGAGAAUCUGAGUUCUUCAGAUCUGAAGACUGAUGGAUAUGAAACUGAAAUUUCUGUGCCCAUCAACAAUGUUUACAGCAGAGAAACGUCACCAACAAGAGAGAUCUACGGAGACUCGGAAAAAUCAUUAAUGGUGUUUUUGCCCCAGUCAAAGAAGAAGGAGCCAUCCUCUCCAACGAAUUCUCGCCAGAUAAUUUCAUCGGCGGAUGGUAAAAUGCCAUCGGCGAAGGAGCUGGAAGAGUUCUUUGCAGCAGAAGAAAAGUACCAGCAACAGCUAUUCGCCGAAAAGUACAACUAUGAUGUAGUAAAUGAUGUUCCAUUGGAAGGCAGGUACGAGUGGGUUCGUUUAAAGCCAUGA